AAUUCACUUUAUUUACAAUAAUGAUUCAUCUCCUUCAAUCGCCGGCUUCUGUCAGUAUAUUCAAACAAGAGUGAUGAAAGUACGCUACUCUUGGCUUAGUCCCAUCAAUUCCAAUCCACUACAAAAAAAAGUGCAUAAAUCCACGGGUUAAUCACCUCAGGUCAAAAAGUGCAAAUCGCAGAGAGCGACUCCACCUCACAUAUCGCCAUGGCAGAAAGCGAACCUCCACCGCCUCCCGCCGCCCACUACCCGCCGGAGCACUCAGAAAAGCCACCACCAUUGGAAGACCCAUCAGCUUCGUCGGCGGCGGAGGACAAUAAAGGGGAAAUCUUGAAAGAAACGGUUACUAUAAUUCAAAAAGAAUCCCCUUUGGAAACUACUCUCUCUCAACCGCUAUCAGCUGCUUUAGCAUUGCCCCAAGCAACGGAAAAGGGGAAAGUCCCAGAAUCUCUCGUUUCUUUCAAGGAAGAAAGCAACAAAAUUUCGGAUCUUUCUCUCGAUGAGCGGAGAGCCCUCGACGAGUUCAAGCUUCUAGUUCAAGAAUCUCUUAAACGUCGAGUCUUUUUGGAGGGUUUGGCUUCAGACAGCGAGAAAUCAAGUGAGGAGGUAUCAAUAUGGGGUGUGCCGUUGCUGAGAGAUGAGAGGAGUGAUGUUGUUCUGCUUAAAUUUCUGCGAGCUCGUGAUUUUGAUGUGAGGGAUGCUUAUGUUAUGUUGAGCAACACAAUCAAAUGGAGAAGGGACUUUAGAGUUGAUCAACUGUUGAAGGAGGAUUUGGGGGAUGAUCUUGAGAAAGUUGUUUAUAUGCACGGCCAUGAUAAGGAGGGGCACCCGGUUUGUUACAAUGUUUAUGGUGAGUUUCAGAAUGAAGAACUUUACAUGAAGAUUUUUGCAGAUGAGGAGAAGAGGUGGAGGUUUUUGAGAUGGAGGAUUCAGUUUCUUGAAGCAAGUAUUAGGAAGUUGGAUUUUAGUCCUGGUGGGAUCAACACUAUCUUUCAAGUUAGUGAUCUCAAGAACUCGCCUGGCCUCGGGAAGACUGAGCUUCGGAUUGCUACUAAACAGGCCUUGCAGAUUCUUCAAGAUAACUAUCCUGAGUUUGUAGCAAAGCAGGUUUUCAUCAAUGUUCCUUGGUGGUAUCUUGCUUUCUACAGAAUGAUCAGUCCCUUCUUGACUCAGAGGACAAAGAGCAAAUUCAUAUUUGCUGGCCAGACAAGGACUGCUCCUACUCUUUUCAAGUACAUUUUACCAGAGCAAAUGCCAACUCAAUACGGUGGGCUUAGUGUGGAUCUCUGUGAAUGCAACCCGGAAUUCUCCAUGGACGAUCCAGUCACUGAGAUCACUGUGAAACCGGCAACCAAGCAAAUCGUGGAGAUUAUUGUGCAUGAGAAAUGCAGCCUUGUGUGGGAGAUUCGUGUGGUGGGAUGGGAAGUGAGUUACAGUGCUGAAUUUGUACCACAGCGUGGUUACACGGUGCUGAUACAAAAGAGCACGAAGAUGGCUGCAAACGACGUGCCAGUUGUGCACGACAAUUUCAAUGUUUCUGAGCUUGGCAAGAUAUUGCUUACCAUCGACAACCCAACUUCCAAGAAGAAGAAGCUGCUGUAUCGAUUCAAAGUUGCUCCCUACGUCCACCAAUCUUGAAGAAAAGAGCAAAUUCAUUCUUGGAUUCACUCUUUCUUGAUGCAUUUUUAUCAUAUUCAAAUUGCUUCCCCGUUUUGUUCUUUGAUACAAUGCUGGAAAUUUGGUUUUCAUUUUGGCGAUUGUGCGCGCGGUUGAGGAGGAGGAGACGUAGAUUUCAUAUAACUCCUAUAAAAAGGUAAAAAGUUCAAAUAUGGAAUGUUUUUAUUUGUUUCAUGUUGUAUGUGAAACAUGUAUUCUUGACGCUUGUUAUACAUAGAUUUGCGUGUCUUUUUAA